UUUUUUUUUUCAACUUCUGGGCUCGCUGCAUUGGCAGACGGAACCAGAAGCGAACAUGUCGGACGACAUGCUCCUGCAUUUCUCCUCCAACUCUUCCAACCAGUCCGACCACUCCUUGCCCACCAAGAUUGCCAAGCUCGAAGCUCGAAUGGUCGGCAAGGCCUCUUCGGCGGCUUCCGCAGCCGCCGCCAUUGCCGUGCAGCCUGCUGCUCAGCAGCAGCAGCCCGCUUGGUCCUCCGUCGUCUCCUCCGCCGUGAAAUUCGUCUCCGACGAAUUGGCGGAACCCUCUACCUCCAGUGACUCCGACGAUGAUAAUGGAGGGGAGUUUCUAAUACAAGCCAAUACUCAAAAGCGUCAGAAACUUCAACAAGAUGAAGGCUCAACCGUUUUUGAACAUGUUGAUGCUGUCACUGAGGGAAGACAAGUGAUUUUGGAAACUGUGGAAACUAAGGCAAAUGAUACAAAUAGGAAAAAGCAUGGUCGUGGCAGGGGGCCCACUGUUUCAAGCCGGGGGCGUGGUUCAAGAGUUAAUGAUCAAACAAGAUCACAAAUAAGCCCUGCAACAGUUACGCCUUCAAAUGGUCAGCUUGAGUACUCAUAUAAUAAGGAUAAUAGGUCCAAGGAGCAUUUCCGCAAUGACGGCCGUUUGUCAUUAGAGGAAGAAGUUGCAUCUUUACGGGCAAAAGUUGCAGCCCUAGAGGAGGACCUGCGUAAAUCAUUUGAAGAGGCAUCCAAUUAUCAGAAUCUGUGUAAACAGUUAGAGAAGGAAUUGAAGGAUCUCAAAGAUAAAGAACAACAAGUAAAUCCUAAGAGGACAAAAGUGAUAUCUGAUUUGUUGAUAUCUGUUUCAAAAGCAGAGAGACAGGAGGCAAGAAUGAAAGUACGACAGGACUCUUUGAGACUUGGCAAUGUGGGUGUAAUCAGAGCUGGAACUGUGAUAUCUGAGACCUGGGAAGACGGCCAAGCUUUAAAGGAUCUCAAUGCUCAUCUUAGACAAUUACUAGAAACAAAGGAGGCUGUUGAGCGGCAACGGAAAUCAUUAAAGAAACGGCAAUCUGAUAAAGGCGAUGGAGCUGAUGUAGAAACAGGAAUGCAAGAGGAAGAUAUGCUAAUCCAGGAUGAAAUCUAUAAAUCCCGUCUAGCCAGCAUAAAACGCGAGGAAGAAAUCAUUUUACGGGAGAGGGAUCGCUAUGAGGUGGAAAAGGGAAGGCUUAUACGUGAAAUGAAGCGUAUACGAGAUGAAGAUGGUUCUCGUUUUAACAAUUUUCAAGUUCUCAACCACAGAUAUGCCCUCUUAAAUCUUCUUGGGAAAGGUGGUUUCAGCGAGGUUUACAAGCAGGCUUAUGAUUUGGUAGAGCAUAGAUACGUUGCAUGUAAGCUUCAUGGUUUGAAUGCUCAAUGGAGUGAAGAGAAGAAGCAAAGUUACAUACGGCAUGCCAUUCGGGAGUACAAUAUUCACAAGACGUUGGUACAUCAUCAUAUUGUCCGGCUGUGGGACAUUUUUGAGAUUGAUCACAAUACAUUCUGCACUGUCUUAGAGUAUUGCAGUGGGAAAGAUCUUGAUGCUGUACUUAAAGCAACGCCUGUAUUGCCUGAACGAGAAGCUAGGAUUAUUAUGGUUCAGAUAUUUCAGGGUCUGAUAUAUUUGAACAAAAGAGCGCAGAAAAUUAUCCAUUAUGAUCUGAAGCCUGGGAAUGUUUUAUUUGACGAACUUGGUGUUGCCAAAGUGACCGAUUUUGGUCUUAGCAAGAUAGUGGAGGAUGAUGUUGGAUCCCAGGGUAUGGAACUUACGUCCCAGGGAGCUGGAACAUAUUGGUAUUUACCUCCCGAAUGCUUUGAGCUCAGCAAGAUACCUCUAAUAUCAUCAAAGGUUGAUGUUUGGUCGGCUGGUAUUUUGUUUUAUCAAAUGCUUUUUGGAAAACGUCCUUUCGGACAUGACCAGACUCAAGAACGUAUACUGCGUGAAGAUACAAUCAUCAAAGCUCGUAAAGUUGAAUUCCCUUCUAAACCCUCAGUUUCAAACGAGGCGAAGGAAUUGAUUCGCCGUUGUCUAACAUAUAACCAAGCAGAGAGGCCCGAUGUUUUGACCAUUGCUCAAGAUCCGUACCUCUGUUACACUAAGAGGUAACAAAUAUUGUGUGCAGCUGCAACUUAAAGAUGCCAACGGCUGAUGGUAAGAAAGUUUUCAUUUGUUCUAUAGAAAAUCAAAGAAAUUUACUCCAAGCCCCGAUGGAAAGAUUUUGUAUAGGUUGUAAAGGUUUUGUAAUUGUUGGCGUUGUUGCCAAGCUCGCUUUACCUCUCUAAUAGGAAAUCUGGGGCUUUCACUGAUUCGCUCGAUGUUUUUUGAGGGUUUAGAGAAACGACCUGACCUGGGAGUUAGGUUAUGAAAGGUCCGAUUGGACAGGAUAUAUAUUUGAAAUGAGAAAAGUAACCUGUUUCGUCA